AUGACCGACGCGGUGCUGGGCGGCUCCUCUGACCGGUGGAUGUGCCCCAGUGACAGGACCAUGUCCCUCCGAGCCAGCAGUGAGAAGGAGCAGCUCCCGGCGGGAUGGGCAGCGCAGCCCGAGCGGCAGCGCAAGGGCGAGGAGCUGACGGAUGAGGAGAAGGAAAUCAUCAACCGGGUGAUCGCCCGCGCCGAGAAGAUGGAGGAGAUGGAGCAGGAGCGCAUCGGGCGCCUGAUGACCCGGCUGGAGGACAUGCGCCGCAGCGUGCUGGGGGACGGUGUCAACCGCUGCAUCCUCUGCGGGGAGCAGCUGGGGACGAGGGGCUCCGCCUGUGUCGUCUGCGAGGACUGCAAGAAGAAUGUGUGCACCAAGUGCGGGGUGCAGACCACCAACAACCGGCCCCAGGCCAUCUGGCUCUGCAAGAUCUGCAGCGAGCAGCGGGAGGUGUGGAAACGCUCCGGUGCCUGGUUCUUCAAGGGUUUGCCCAAGCAGAUGCUGCCGCAGCCGAUGCCCAUCAGCAAGAAGGGACCCCAAACCCCCAGCGAGCCCCGCCCGGCCGAGCCGCCCGCCCCGGACCCCAAACUCCCCUCCCGGGCACCCACCCGAGGCCAGGCGGAUGCCGAGGACACCGAGGGCACCGACGCCGCAGCGGCCGCCCGGGGGAGCCGCAAGGCAGCCGAGGGCCGGCCGGGUCCGUGCGGCAGCGAGGACACCGCUGGGGACAGCGACAGCCGCGACCUGGCUGCCGAGAGCGGGGUCAGCAGGAGCCCCGGUGUGAAGAGAACCAGCUCGGUGCAGGGCCAGCGGCCGCCCCCGCCGGCCAGCGCCGCUCCCGCCGCGGGAUCCGGCCCGGCAGCAGCGCCCGCAGCGCCGGCGGCCGCAGCGGCGAGGCCGGGGGGCCCCUCUCGCUUCCCGGAGAGACAAGCGAGCCCCCCCCUGGGACCCCCGGAGCCCCGAGGAGCCGGCAGGGAGGAGCGGGGAGGGGGCUUUGUCCCCCCCGGCAGGGAGGACAGGCCAGCCUGGCAGCCCCCUGCUGCCAGCCAGCCCCCGCCGGCAGCCGCGGCACCACAGCGGCAGCAGCAACGCGAGGAGGAGGAGGAGGAUGCCAACAGCUACGAUUCGGAUGAAGGCACCACGCUGGGAGCUCUGGAGUUCAGCCUGCUCUAUGACCAGGACAACAGCUCCCUGCACUGCACCCUCAUCAAGGCCAAGGGCUUAAAACCAAUGGAUUCCAAUGGCCUGGCUGAUCCCUACGUGAAGCUGCACCUCCUGCCUGGAGCCAGCAAGUCGAAUAAGCUGCGGACGAAGACGCUGCGCAACACCCGGAACCCGGUGUGGAACGAGACCCUGGUGUACCACGGCAUCACUGACGAGGACAUGCAGAGGAAAACCCUCAGGAUCUCCGUGUGCGACGAGGACAAAUUCGGCCACAACGAGUUUAUCGGAGAAACCAGAGUUGCCUUGAAAAAACUCAAAGCCAACCAGAAGAAGAACUUCAACAUCUGCCUGGAGAGAGUAAUACCAACGAAGCGCACCGGAACGACCGGCGCAUCCCGUGGGAUGGCUCUGUACGAAGAGGAGGUGGAUCGCGGUGGGGACGUGGAGGAGCGCGGGAAGAUCCUGGUGUCCCUCAUGUACAGCACCCAGCAGGGCGGGCUCAUCGUGGGCAUCGUGCGCUGCGUGCACCUGGCGGCCAUGGACGCCAACGGAUACUCGGAUCCCUUCGUCAAGCUUUGGCUGAAACCUGACAUGGGCAAAAAGGCCAAGCACAAGACGCAGAUUAAGAAGAAAACGUUGAAUCCUGAGUUUAACGAGGAGUUCUUCUAUGACAUCAAACACAGCGACCUGGCCAAGAAAUCCCUGGACAUUUCCGUCUGGGAUUACGACAUCGGAAAAUCCAACGACUACAUCGGCGGUUGCCAGCUGGGGAUCACGGCCAAGGGCGAGCGCUUGAAACACUGGUACGAGUGUUUGAAGAACAAGGACAAGUAGAUCGAGCGCUGGCACACCCUGCAGAACGAGAACCACGUCGCCAGCGAUUAAAGGGAGCCCCUGCCCGGCUCUCCCCACCCUCUGCCACGCCCCUCUAGGUCCCUGAUGUCCCUGGUGUCCCGUCUUCCAGCGCAGCCACGCCUUGCUACAGCCUCUGAUCCCAGGGUCCUCCACCUCCCCCGAGCCCCCUCCAUCCUCCCUUCCACUGAAAACUCCCCCAGAUCUUUUCUAUUCCCCUUUAUUUAUUUAUAGCUGGGGGAGGGAGGCCGUCGAGUUCCCCUGGUGUGUAAUUUUGGCAAGCAAUAGUUCCCUCCUGACUGUUCCCCUCUCUCUCUCCCUCCCCGCUCCCCGUGGCAGCGUUCCCGUCGCGUUUCUGACGCUCUGUGUCCUUCCAGCCUCCGCUCCUGGCGGCUCCGGCGGCUCCUGGCGGGAGAUGGGAGUGCUGGGCUUGGGAGCAUCAGCCUGUCCUGCUUGUGUGAUCUCAGUACCUCAGUUGCAAUAACGAAAAAGCUCCUUGGCUUUGGUGUGGGUGUCACCGUCGCCUGGUGUCCGUGUCGUCGUGGUUAGGCCAAAUCCGGUGUCACCGGCCUCAUCCUGCGAGUCCUGCUUGAGCUUCACCUCUGGUUUGGCCCACCUGAGCAAUGUUGUGGCGCAUCCUUUUGCUGAGAAGAUCCACCACCAACACAGUAACAGCGACGAGGAAGGGUUUAGGGAGCUCUGUGCCCGCAGUGAAGCAGGUUUGGGUUGGUUCCCGUCGUUUCUGGCCACCGCGGGUGGUUCCUUUGCCCGAGGAAUUCGGGGGCUCCGCUGCUGAAGGAGCCCAGCUGUGUUUUAGGGUUGUGACUACCUCCUCUUCACCUCUGAGCUGUGUAGUAGCGACUGGCCCAGCCCUGAAGGCAGCCCCUGGGUCCCCUCAGACCCCUCCUGCUUCCAAGGAUUUUGUGUUCCUCAGGAGGGAAGCUGAGGGAGCUGCUACGUCCCCCCAGCCCCCUGAUGUGCGCAAGGAUUAUUGUUUUAAACCACCCCAACUCCUGGAAUUAGCUGGAACGGUCCGAGAUCUUCCAGACUUCGGUUGUUUUGGUUUGGUUUUCUUUCAUUAUUUUUUUUUCCCAAUUUUCUGCACAAGAUCCUUUGGCCUCAGCCUGCACUGAUGGCCUGGACAUCAGGAGAGCACAGGCAGCUGCAGGAACCAUUCCCUGGCUCUGGAACCGUUCCCUGGCUCCGGAACCGUUCCCUGGCUCCGGAACCGUUCCCUGGCUCCGGAACCGUUCCCUGGCUCUGGAACCGUUCCCUGGCUCUGGAACCACUCUGGAACCGAUCCGGAACCGUUCCCCGCUCUAGAACCGCUCUAGAACAGUUCCCCGCUCUAGAACCACUCUAGAACCGUUCCCCGCUCUAGAACCGCUCUAGAACUGUUCUCCGAUCUAGAACCGCUCUAGAACCGCUCCGGGACCGUUCCCCACUCUAGAACCGCUCCGGAACCGUUCCCCACUCUGGAACCACUCCAGAACCGCUCCAGAACCGUUUCCUGGCUCCAGAACCGCUCUGGAACCACUCUGGAACCGUUCCCUUGCUCCAGAACCGCUCCGGAACCGUUCCCUGGCUCCGGAACCGUUCCCUGGCUCUGGAACCAUUCCCUGGCUCUGGAACCAUUCCCUGGCUCCGGAACCGUUCCCUGGAAAACCCCAAGCACAGCCCUGUGGAUAGGAGCACACUGAGCACUAUGGAAUAUACGGAAUUUUUUGUCACACCGCGCAUGUUGUGUGAAACCUCCCCCGCCCCCUCUGCUCGCUCUUUGAGUUGGAUGAGUUUUGUUUUCCCGAUGGUUUUUUUUUCCCCCUGUCCCCCAGCAGAAGCUGAUGUGCCCCAGGUGUCCCCAGCCCUGGGUGACACAAACCCCUCUGUGCUGAGCUGGCCCAGCCUGGCCCUUUCCCUCCUUGGAUCUCCAGGUGGGAAAAGCCAACCCAACCCCUCCCAGAGCUGGGAAUCCUCUUCCAUCGCUCCGCUGAGCUUGGACAGAGGGGUGGAAUGGAAGAGGAAACCUGGAAUGUUCCCCAUUUUCAUGGAAUUCUUGCCUCUGUGCCAGUCAAGGUGAGAUCCCUGACUCUGGCCAGGACCCAGCCUGGAACAAUCCCGUUCUUUUGGACUGUUUCUCUCUGCAUCCCGUGCUGAAGCCUCCCUGCUCCAGGUGAGCUGUGGGAUCCAGGAUCUCCCUUUUCCAACCUCAAUAAUUCUAUAAUAACCCUUAAUAACUCUAAUAAGAUGUCACUGACCUUUCCAGAGGGAUGGAACUGGCCCAAACAUUCCUGUUCGUACCCAGAGCAGCACCUGGGCACGGAGCUGUGCUGGGGAAAUGUGUGGCCGAGUUCAAAAAAAAACCAAACUUUAAAAAAUCAUUAUUUAAGCAAUCCCUUAAUUUCUCCCAGUCCUGCAGCAGCAGCCCAGCCUCCUUUGUAUGUGCAGAACAACUCACUUAAGGUUACCCUUAUCCCACCCUGUAUUCCCAUUCCCUGGUCAGCCUGCUUUCUUUGGGAAAAGGAUACUCAGAUCAUCUCUUUGCACCUCCAAAAAUCAAGUGCAACUUGCCAAACUCCUCGGUAUUGUGCAAAACCACGGUCCUGGUCUCUGCCCCCCUCCCCGCCCUCUUCUCAGUUUUUCUGAUGGUAAUUCCUGCCCUGAAUGACUUCUUUUUGUUGUAAAUAAAGCAUGCACCUAUGGAUUGGGAAUGGUGAAAAACAAACAAACAAACAAACAAACAAAAAAAAAAGCAAAAAAAAAGAAAAUUAAAAGCCUCUUCUACUGCUGUUUGCAUUCAGACUCGCAUGCAGUGAUUUUACAGCCAAAUAUCAGUUUACAACUGUUGAAAGAAAACGUUACACAGGAAUUAGGAAUCCUCCAGUCUUCCGCUGCAUGCAGCACAGCAUCCUCUCUUGAUGUGGUAUCUAAUAAAGUGAGACUAUUGGAAAAAGAAUAAAAAA